UUGUAAAUCCAACUACGAACCUCAAUUAUCCCUUUAUUUUUGCAAGAAUUCUGCGUUUUUUAAAGCGAAACCUUCGAUCUUUAUAAGAAAAAAAGCAUUCCAGUGGAAGAAUUGUUAAGGGAAUUCUUCAACAUGUCUACUCCGAAAAAUGAUCCACUUAUUCAGGUGGAAACAACAUGUGGAACCCUUCUGUACGAACUUCAGAUUAUCUGGGAUGAAGUCGGGGAGACAGAUGCUGACCGUGAUGAAAUGCUGCUCGAGCUUGAAAGGGAGUGCCUGGAAGUAUAUAGAAGAAAGGUAGAUCAGGCAAAUCACUGCAGAGCUCAGCUGCGACGGACGAUUGCUGAUUCUGAAGCCGAGCUUGCCGCCAUCUGCUCGGCAAUGGGGGAAAGGCCAGUGCAUAUUAGGCAGUCUGAUCAAAACGCUGGAAGCUUAAAGGAGGAGCUCAGCAAGAUUCUUCCACAGUUGGAGGAAAUGAAGAAAAGAAAGAUCGAAAGAAGAAAUCAAUUUGUGGAAGUUUUAGAGCAAAUACAAAAGAUCACAAAUGAGAUUUAUGGAUCCUCCGUAUCGAUUUCUUCCAAAACCGUAGUGGAUGAAACUGACUUAUCCUUGAGGAAGCUUGAAGAGUUGCAUAGACAGCUCCAUGAACUUGAGAAAGAGAAGAGUGAUCGCCUGAAGCAGGUUCAGGAUUACCUUAACACAUUGAACUCACUCUGCUCUGUGCUGGGUAUGGAUUUCAUGCUGACAGUUGAUGAGAUUCAUCCUAGUUUAGGUGACCCCAAAGGGUUUACGAGUAUCAGCGAUGAUACAAUUGAGCAAUUGGCAACAUUGAUAAAAAAGUUACUGGAAGUUAAGAUACAGAGGAUGGAGAGGCUACAAGAUCUUGCAACCACCAUGUUAGAGUUAUGGAAUUUGAUGGAUACACCUAUUGGGGAGCAACAGAUGUUUCAGAAUGUUACCCGUAAUGUAGCUGCUUCAGAACAUGAAAUUAUUGAACCCAACACUCUCUCCGUGGAUUUCAUAAACUAUGUUGAGGCGGAAGUUUCCCGGUUGGAACAGUUGAAGUCGAGCAAAAUGAAAGAGCUGGUCCUAAAGAAGAGAUUAGAGCUAGAGGAAAUCUGUAGAAAGACUCACCUGCUUCCAGAUUCAGAUUGUGCAAUAGAAGAUGCCAUCGAAGCUAUCGAGUCUGGGUUUGCUGAUGCUGCCACCAUACUAGAACAAAUUGAACUUCAAAUUGCCAAGGUCAAAGAGGAGGCCCUUAGCAGGAAAGAAAUACUUGAAAAGGUGGAGAAAUGGUUGACGGCAUGUGAUGAGGAGUGCUGGCUUGAGGAAUACAACAGGGAUGAAAACCGAUAUAACGCGGGAAAAGGUGCUCAUCUUACACUCAAGCGUGCUGAGAAAGCCCGUGCCCUGGUUAAUAAACUUCCAGGAAUGGUGGAGGCAUUAGCUUCAAAGACCAUGGCAUGGGAGAAAGAGAGAGAGAUCGAAUUUUUGUAUGAUGGUAUUCGUCUCCUUUCUAUGCUUGAAGAGUACACUAUUUUACGAAAAGAGAAGGAGCAAGAACGGCGCAGGCUGCGGGACCAGAAGAAACUUCAGGGACAGCUGAUAGCAGAGCAAGAGGCACUCUAUGGAUCAAAGCCAAGCCCAUCAAAACCUCAGAGUGUGAAAAAGGGUCCUAGGUAUUCAACUGGAGGUGCUAGCAAUAGAAGAGUUUCCUUGGGAGGAGCCAUGAUGACCACUCAUAAGCCCGAUUCACUUCACCCUGCAAAGGCUACUCCCAAAACGCGUCCUAGUAAGAAAAACGAGCGAAUGCAAAAUGACCAUCUAAAUCAUCGGCAUGAUGACGCCACAGUCUUCUCAGCUAUUAGGAGAGGCCUGGACAUUGUUGACACUCCUGUACGAAAGCAUUCUUCCACUCCCAGAGCCUCAAAUGCUAUCGAACCAGAGUCGCCGUUGUUAGCUCGAAAGCCAUUCUCACCGAUCACUUCUGCGGUCUCAGCGAAAAGCAAUACAACAAACAUGCUAGAAGUAGAAGACAAUGGUGAAAAAUCACACAAGAUGCAUCAUCAGAAUAAUGAUCUCCCAUACGCUACCCCUUUGAAGACAAUUCCUUUUGUGGAUGAAGAAAAUAGGACCCCGAAGGUGAUGCCAUUCCCUUGCACACCUUCGACAGUGUCGGUUCCGAUGCAGACUGCCAUGACGCCAGCAGCCACUCCUGCACCUAUACCUUUCGCCAUUACCAAGCCGGUCGAAGAGAUUGAACAGUCCUUUGAGGAAAGAAGGCUUGCUUCUCUACUUUCUAAGACUCAAAUUACAACAUCUUAUGCCCUUGUACGAGUGUGUGCGAGCUGAAUGUGGACUAAACUGUUGCAAACGAUUGUCGUGGCGAAUGCUACCUUUUAGUUUUCUUAUCAAUAUUCCCCCCCCCCAA